GAGAAACUUCGAAUAGCAAACGUCGAGUUUCUUAGCUUCGGCUUAUCAACUCUCGAAAAAAUAAUAAGCAACAAAAAAAUAAUUCAAAAAUGAAAAUUUCACUAUUUGUUUCCAUUUUUGUCAUCUUCUGUGUGCAUUCAAGCCAUCAGCAAUUCGGUCGUCAACAGCAACCAAAUAUUCAUUCACUGAGCUAUUCAGACUCAGAUUUUAAUCCUUUGCCACCUAUGCGCACAACUCCUACAACCACGACGACCACAACAGAGGAACCAGAAGCUACGACCAAAAAGAAGGGAUUUUUCAGUGGAAUCUCAGGAUUUUUCAAAGGAAAUAAGGAUAAAGAUAAGGAUAAAAGUACUACAACUAGUACAACUACAACUACAACAAAGAAGCCAGCUGUAACUUCAACUUCCGCUCCAACAACAGCAAAAAUUGCGACUCCACCUCCACUUAUCACUACAACUACUCAAAAACCAAUUCCUACAACUGCAAAAGCUAUUGUUCCACAACAACCAGUGACGCCAAAACAAAAUGUCCCUCCAACACCAUCAACAACUGUAAAGACAACAGUUAAGGAUGAUUUCCCUCCAUUACCAGGUGGUCGUCCUCAACAAACUCCAACUCAACCACAAAGAUUUUCACCUCCUCCAAUUCCAACAAAAAAGGAUGAUUUUCCACCAUUACCAAGUGUAACAGGUCGUCCUCAACAACCAGGAGUUCCAACAACAUCAACCCCCGCAGUUCCAAAUGCAUGGAAUGUUAAACCACAAAUACCAACAGAUAAGCCAGUCAGCUUUUUCUCCCAGCCACCACCAGUAAUAACGACAACAACGAGAAGACCACAAGUUCAAACACAAGGAUCAAGAGAUAGUGAAUCUAAAGCCACUGAUGCUGAAUUGUUAACAUUGUCUGAUUCGUUGUUUAGCAAGGACAUUUAUAAUCCGUUUAAAUUCGUUAUUGUGAAUUAUCAAGGUCGUACACAAUCAAGUGCCACUACAGAUGAAGCAUCACAACCUUUACUGCAAAUCGAUGAGAAAUUAUACAGUGUGAAUACAGUGGAAAAAAUGAAAUUGAUGUUCAACAAUUAUGAGCAAGACACAUCAAUUAAUGAAUAUGUCACACCGAUAGAAAGAAAGGAGGAAAAUGAUUUUAUCGAUGCGGUUCUACUAACGCCUGUUAUGAGACAUGCCAUGAACUUUUUGACCCAAAAAGGAGUUGUUACAGCUGAUCCAGCAACACAUAAGGAACUUUUAAAAACAAUUUGGUUUGGAAUGUAUUCGAGAGGUCACGGAAAGAUUAGUAGUUCUGGAUUUGAGCAUGUAUUCAUGUCGGAAGUAAAGGAGGGUAAUGUGAUUGGAUUACAUAACUACAUUUAUUUGACUGAACAAGAGAAGUCGAGGGAUGUCGACUACAAAGGAUGGCUAAAGAAAAUUGAUUUAGGAAAUAAAGGACAAAUCGCAAAAAUUCGUUUUGCAUUGAAUGGCCUUGAUAAACCAUCAAAUUCGUUAUUCAUCGGUACAUCACCGGAAUUGGAGCUAGCUUUAUAUACCGUAUGCUUUGAAGUGAGACCAGAUCAAGAGUGCCGAAUGGCUUACGGCGGAAAAGAUUUUAAUAUUGUCACGCAUACAUUCAGAUAUAGAGGAACGAAUUACAUCGGCAGUGCUUAUCCUGAAAUUUAGAAAUGAAAUUGAAUAUGGGAUGGGAGAUGAGGUGAUUGAAGAUUGGAGUGUGGUGCAUAUGGAUUUUUUUUUAAAUUGGAUUGAGAGGUAAGGAUGUGAAUAUUGAGAUGGGAAGUCGAGUUGGUUGAUGGAAUCAUGACUUUUGAUGACUUUGUGUCAUAGUUUCUUGAGUAUUUGGUUUGAUCCGGGCAACACAUUGUGUCAAUGGCAUUUAAAUUGCUAACAUGAAAGUAGCCUUAAAAACACUCAAAUCUGAAAGGAAAAAUCAACAAAACUCCACAUUAGUACCACAGUUCAAUGUUCAAGCACCUUUGCUGAAGUCAGUUUGAUUUCUAGAAGCACAUCUUUUGCCCACCCCCUCUGAAAUUUCAAAAACAAGACAAAAGACAGUUUAAUUUUUAAUGUUUUGAUGUGUCUGCAUGUAUUGUACUCUGCACUUUAUUUUUCAUGCAUUAUUUGCGCAAAAAAAACUCGACAAUAUGUAAUAAUAAUAAGAAUAAUAAUUUUUCUUCAUAGAUUUUACAAAAUAUGCAUUAAUAAUACUCGCAUUUUUGCUUUAUUCUCUUCCAUUUCCUCAAUAAUUAAAUAUCAAACAAAAAAAAUUGUUGAAGAAAAAAAUAAUAAAAACAGUG